AUGGUCGCUUCGCGCUUACCACCAGUGACGCUUACGUUGAAGCAGUUUAUUAGGCGGCAGCAGGUUCUCCUUCUAUACAGAAGGAUUUUGCAAACAAUCCGGCAGGUCCCAAAUGAUGCUGAUCGCAAAUAUCUGAAGGACUGGGCAAGGGACGAAUUCAAAAGAAACAAAAGUGCCAUGGAAGAGGAUACAAUCCGGAUGAUGAUUACUCAAGGCAAUAUGCAGCUCAAAGAGUUAGAAAAAACACUUGCUUUAGCAAAGUCUUAG